AUGGUAGAUGAUGAUUGGGCUACACAGAGGCCAUUGAUUCCCAUGUGUACUGAACUUACAGUAAUAGCCGAAGAGGGACAGGUGCCUGGAACUGAAACUGAAACUGCAACAACUGUUGAUUGGAAUGUAGUUGAAUUAGAUGAGCCUACUGAUUUGGUCAUUGCACCAAUGCCUGACAUUGAGAUGGCCAAACUUUUUGGCAUUCCAGUCGAUGACAGCGAUACGCAGGAGAGGGGCGAAUCUAGUUUGCCUGCUAAUGCUGAUGAAGAAGUAGAUGGACAGUUGAUGGAACAAGCUGCGGAUGAAGUAGAUGAUGCACAUGAUGAUGAGCUGGUGCAUGUGUAUGACAAAGAAAACCCUGUCAUUGAAGUAGGCAAGUUGUUUCCAAGCAUGAAGGAGUUUAGGAUGUGUUUCAAGACUUAUGCAGUGAAACAUGAGUUUGAUGCCAAGACUGUUUGGACUGAUAGAAAGAAGUUUUAUGCGAGGUGCAGAGGAUUUGAUGGUAGUGUGAAGCCUUGCAAGUGGUACAUAUCUGCUAGACUGCAACCUGAUGGAAGCACUGUCAGGGUUAACCAAAUCCCCAAUCAACAUACUUGUAUUACAAGUUCACAGAGAGUAUCAACCAUGACAUCACAACUUUGGGUUGCAGAAAAGAUCACCCCAAUUUUAGCCAAAACACCAAACACUACUGCCAAGAAACUCAAAGUAGACUUGGAAAAGAUGUACCCCAUUAAACUGAAAUAUACCACAGUGUGGAAGGCAAAACAAAGGGCAAUGAAAAAUUUAUAUGGUGAUUGGGCAAAUACAUUUAGGAUGCUUUACAACUUCAAAGCAGAGGUGGAAAAGAGGUCACCUGGCAGUGUUGUGGAGAUAGAUACAGAGGUAUCAGCCGAAGGUGAAGUCAAGUCCUCCAAGUUUUUUAUGGCUUUGAAGCCUUGCAUCGAUGGGUUCAAAGCAGGGUGCCGUCCAUAUUUGAGCAUAGACUCAUCAUUUUUGACAGGCAAGUGGAAUGGUCAGUUGGCAGCAUGCAAUGCUCUAGAUGGACACAACUGGAUGUUUCCUAUUGUUGUUGGCUUGUUUCAGUCAGAAACAGAGGCUUCAUGGACAUGGUUCAUGAUCUAG